UUCUGUAGGUCAGAAGUCCAACACUGGUCUCACUGGGCUAAAAUCAGGGUGUUCACAGGGUUGUAUUCCUUCUGGAGGUUCUAGGGGAGAAUCUGUUUCCUGCUCAUUCAGAUUGGCAGAAUUCAGUUCCUUGAAGUUGUAGGACUGAGAUCCCUGUUUCCCUACUGGCUGUCAGCUGAGGGCCAUCCCCAGUUUUAAGAGGCUGCCAGCAGUCCUUGGCUCAGAGCCCCCUUCAUCUUCAAAGCCAGCAAUAGCAGGUCAAGUCCCUCUCACACUUUGAAUUUCUCCUGACUCUUCUGUCAUCACAUCUCUGAGCUACCUUUCAGUCUCCUGAUCUGCUUUUAAGAGCUCAUAUGAUUAGAUUGAGUUCACUCGAAUAAUCCAGAACAGUCUCCCUAUCUUGAAGUCUGUAACUUGAAUAUCAUCUGCAAAGGUCCCCUUUGCUACGUAGCAUAACAUACUCACAGGUUCCAGGGAUUAGGGUGCGGACAUCUUUGGGGCAGAAGUGGCAUUCUGCCUUCCACAGUCUGCCUUCUGACCCCCAAAAUUCACAUUUGUCCCACAUGCAAAAUACAUUCACACCACCCUAAGAUCUCCACAAGUCUCAUGCCAUCACAGGCGGCAUCCAAAGCUAGAUUGGGGAGUUUAGAAGUUAGUCUGAGAGUGUUUAGGGAAUGAUGGUGGGGUUUGGGGACACAGGUGGAGGAAAAGGAAUCCUCCUCCUGUUGACCUCUGCUCCCUCCUAUGUCCGAAGCCUCUCAGCUCUGAGCUGUAUGCCCUCCAGGUUCCCCUGGGAUGACGUGAGCGCUCCCCCAGCGAUGGACCCAUCUGUGACACUGUGGCAGUUUCUGCUGCAGCUGCUGAGAGAGCAAGGCAAUGGCCACAUCAUCUCCUGGACCUCACGGGAUGGUGGUGAGUUCAAGUUGGUGGAUGCAGAGGAGGUGGCCCGGCUGUGGGGGCUGCGCAAGAACAAGACCAACAUGAAUUACGACAAGCUCAGCCGGGCUUUGCGGUACUACUAUGACAAGAACAUCAUCCGCAAGGUGAGUGGCCAGAAGUUCGUCUACAAGUUUGUGUCCUACCCCGAGGUCGCAGGGUGUUCCACUGAGGACUGCCCACCCCAGCCUGAGGUGUCUGUCACCUCCACCGUGGCAAAUGUGGCCCCUGCUGCUGUACAUGCCACCCUGGGAGACAAUGCCUCUGGAAAGCCAGGCACACCCAAGGGUGCAGGAAUGGCCGGGCCAGGCGGUUUGGCGCGCAGCAGCCGUAACGAGUACAUGCGCUCGGGCCUCUAUUCCACCUUCACCAUCCAGUCCCUGCAGCCACAGCCACAGCCACCCCCUCAUCCUCGGCCUGCCUCGGUGCUCCCCAACACUGCUCCUGCAGGAGCAGCAGCGCCCCCCUCGGGGAGCAGGAGCACCAGUCCAAGCCCCUUGGAGGCCUGCCUGGAGGCUGAGGAGGCUGGCCUGCCUCUGCAGGUCAUCCUGACCCCGCCUGAGGCCCAGAACCUGAAAUCAGAAGAGCUGAAUGUGGAGCCAGGUUUGGGCCGCCCAUUGCCUCCAGAAGUGAAAGUGGAAGAGCCCAAGGAAGAGUUGGACGUCGCGGCAGAGGCGGGGUUUGUGCCGGAAGCUGUUAAGGCUGAGCCGGAAGUCCCUCCUGCGGAGGCCGUGCCAGCGCGGCUGCCUGCCGUCGUGAUGGAGACCACAGCGCAGGUGGGGGGUCCCGCGGCUUCCAGCACUGAGGUCGCCCAGCCGCAGAAGGGCCGAAAGCCCCGGGACCUGGAGCUUCCACUCAGCCCGAGCCUACUGGGUGGGCCGGGACCUGAACGGACUCCAGGGUCGGGAACUGGCACCGGUCUGCAGGCGCCUGGGCCGGCACUGACGCCGUCCCUACUGCCGACGCAUACAUUGACCCCGGUGCUGCUGACGCCCAGCUCGCUGCCUCCCAGCAUUCACUUCUGGAGCACCCUGAGUCCCAUUGCACCCCGUAGCCCGGCCAAGCUCUCCUUCCAGUUUCCAUCCAGCGGCAGCGCCCAGGUGCACAUCCCUUCCAUCAGCGUGGAUGGCCUCUCGACCCCCGUGGUGCUCUCCCCAGGGCCCCAGAAGCCAUGACUACCACCACCAUCCCCUUCUGGGGUCACUCCAUCCAUGCCCCUGAACUUCUCUCCAGCCAGCCAUCUCAAGGAGAAACACAGUUCAACUGACAAACUCAUGCUCUAGUUGUGGUGGGGUGGGGAUUCUUGGAAAGAAGGAUCUCUCAAUAACUCCUCCACGGAAAACACACAACUUCUGUCUUCUUCAUCAGUCCCCCAGUGGCCGCCUUCACACGUCUCCUACUUCAGUGGUAGGGGCGGUUUAUUUAUUUAUUUUUUGAAGGCCACUGGGAGGAGCCUGGCCCAACCCUUUUAGGGGGGUUGGUUAGGAAAUCUCCCCCACCUCCCUACUUUUUUCCCCAAGACAAGACAAUCUGGGUCUGGCUUGAGAAGGAUCUUUCUUUAUUUAUUUCUCAGCCUGCCCUUGGGGAGAUGAGGAAGCCCUGUCUGCAUUUUGGGAUGUGGGUAGAAGAGUUAGAAUGUUUCGUUUCAUCAUUCCUGGCCAUAUCAAGGGUCUAGGAGGAAUUUGUACCAUUUAAUAGGUUGGGAGUCUUGGCCAAGAAGAAUGACACCCUUGGAAUAGGAAUUUCCACCUCCUCAACCUUUCUCUCAGACAGCUUGUCCUUCUUUCAAUCAAGUUUUUGGCCAGGGAGGAAUGCUCCUUUGUUCUCCCCCCUGAGAAGCCAUUCGUUUGUCUGCCAAAUUCCCUGGGGUCCUGCCUGUUACCUCCCAAUGGAGGGUUUUCUUGGGGGAUGGUCCCCGUCUGGGGGGCCCCUCCAUCCAGUACUCCAGGUCUUCCUGUCUCUCACUCCCUGCCAUUUUGAUAGUAUAAUCUAUUUUUAAAUGGAACUUUUCAAUAGGGGAGAGGGGGGCAUCUCUUCCUAUAUCUGAUGGGGUGGGUGGGAAGGAAGGGAUUUGAGGGGAAUCCUCCUGCCACCCCCAAGUGUUUAUUUUUGAUACCAAACGUGUAUUUUCAGCUCCCUCCCUCCCAGCCCCCCAAUUUCCUGCAGGCGGGUACAAAGGACCCUUUAAGUGUCCCUGGAGUUGGGAGGGAGGAAUGGGGAUAUAAAGCCUGUCCUGUCUCAAUUCCAGGCCAGAGAGAGUGGGUUCAGAAGACUCCUGGGCACACCUCCUGUCAGCACUGGCCCAGCCCAGGCCUGGGGACCUGGGGGUUGGUGAUUUGGGGGACGGUGCUACACUCGUCUCCACCAUUUGUUUUACGUCCCCAAAAUGGACCUUUUUUUUCUAAGAGUCCCAGAGAAUGGGGAAUUGUUCCUGUAAAUAUAUAUUUUUAAAGGUG